AUGCCUCAAACUGUAGGCAAAUACGAUGGUCUAGGCGACCCUGAUGACCAUCUCAAUCUAUUCAAAAGCGCAGGGGAAGUAGCCUGUUGGCCCAUCCCCCUCUGGUGCAAGAUGUUUGUCCAAACGCUGGUAGGUGCGGCCCGGGUCUGGUGGGAUAGUUUGCCCAUUGGGGAAAUUGACAGUUUUGAAGACCUAGAGGCUAAGUUCAUCUUGCAAUUCAGCCAACAACGAAGGCACACUAAAGAUCAAAACGAGCUCCUUCACAUUCGCCGACAAGACAAUGAAACGGUGGAAAGUUUCAUCGGGAUAAACGAUGAUGAGCUACUAAGAACACUUCACGGGAGGGAUGGUGUACCUCCCACCAUAGACGAAAUCUUGAGGAUAGCCAAGGUAUACGUUAUACAAGAAAAGGCUGUAGCCGCCAGUCACGCGGCCAACAGGAAAAAGGAGGCUCAGAAAAGCCAGGAGUAUAGAGAACAACAGGGUUCUAAAAGCAGAGGUAGAGGAGACCGAUACCAGAAAGGUGAUAGAACGGACUCGCGGUAUGAUAGGUCUAGAAAUACUUACUCAAGGAACGAAUCCUUUAAGCCUUGGUCUGAUUACCCUAACCUGAGCAAGACGCUAGCGGAAAUCCUAGCCUCUAAAAAUCUCAAAUUUAACCCUCCAAAGCCGCUAAAGGACAAUCCCAACAUAGACACAAGCAAGUACUGUGAAUACCAUAAAGGGAGCGGCCACGAUACCAAUGAUUGUUUUCAGUUAAAGAAGCAGAUUGAGUACUUCGUGAAAGCGGGCAAAUUGGCACACCUAGUGCGAGACAUCAAACAGGGCCCGCCUCCCGUUAAAGAAGAAAAUGACAAGGCGGCAGGGAAGAGGCCGCGAGAGUUGAACAUGGUACACGCAGAUAAGGGAAAAGGGGCCAAACGGAGUUUUUCCACGCUCGAACCCUGGAUGCUGGCAACCAUGACAAUUGAACCUCGCAUGGAAGAUCUACACCUCACUACUGACGCCUUGAUCAUAUCUGCUGCAGUAGGUGAUUAUCACAUGAGAAGGAUCCUGGUAGAUACCGGGAGUUCAGAGGAUAUCAUCUACGAGCAUUGCUUCAAUAGAAUGCAUCCAAAAGAUAGAAGACUGCUUGAGUCAGUACACGCCCCUAUUAAAGGCUUCACAGGGGAAAAGGUUGAUCCCAUUGGCCAAAUUACUUUCCCAGUCACAUUCGGACAAGCUCCCCAGGAAAGAACCAUACUCCUUACAUUCCUUGUGGUACGCACUGAGUCUUACCACAAUGUCAUCAUUGGAAGGUUCACCCUGGGAAAAUUGGACGAUAUCGUAUCUACGGCGCGAGGAUUCAUGAAGUUUCCCACCCCGCGGGGUAUUGCCACAGUAUUUUGA